AUGCUGAGGCGGGCCGCCUGCACCAUCUGUUUCACAACUGCUACAUGGGUGCCAGACCACCAGGUGACUGUUGCUGGGGUGGGCGUGGUGCCGGUGUGUGCACCAUUUGCCAGAAUUUUGUGUACAGUAUGUGGCGGCCUUGUGGACAGACAUUUGGCUGGAGCCUGCGGUGCCAAAGUGCCAGGGCAGGGAGGGUGUGUGCAAUUGUGCCCGUAUGUUGCUCGAUGGGGGAGUUUGGGGAUUUUGAUUACAGACAACAACGAAUGUGGCCAGCACAAAAAUGUUCUCUAUUACUGGGGUGGGGAGCAUGCGCCAUUUUGA